ACAGGACGUUGCUUUCUUUGAUGCCCACAAGACAGGACUGUUGGUAAACAGACUCACCUCCGAUGUCCAGGAGUUUAAAUCCUCCUUCAAACAGGUCAUCUCUCAGGGUCUCAGAAAUCUCACACAGACAGUUGGCUGUUUUGUGUCGCUUUAUUACAUCUCCCCCAAGCUGACAGGGCUCCUGUUGGUAGUGAUGCCAGUGCUAGUGGGUGCUGGGGCCCUAAUAGGUUCCUUCCUGCGCAGACUGUCCCGUAAUGCCCAGGAGCAGGUUGCCAGAGCCACUGGUUUGGCGGAUGAAGCUUUAGGUAAUGUGCGUACUGUCAGAGCAUUCGCCAUGGAAAGUCGAGAGGUUGAUCUUUACUCUGCAGAAGUUGAUAAGUCGAGUCAGCAGAAUGAGAUCCUGGGGGUGGGGAUUGCUGUGUUCCAGGGGCUGUCCAAUGUGGCCCUGAACUGUAUAGUGUUGGGGACAAUCUUUGCUGGAGGGUCCCUGAUGGCUGGAAAUGAGCUCUCAGCAGGUGACCUUAUGUCCUUCCUGGUGGCUUCGCAGACAGUUCAGCGGUCCAUGGCAAACAUGUCCGUCUUGUUUGGUCAGGUAGUCCGUGGCCUGAGUGCUGGGGGCCGCGUCUUUGAAUUUAUGAGCCAGGAGCCUGAGAUCCCUCUGACCGGAGGGAAGAAGCUUUCUGCUCUGAAGGGAGAGGUGCACUUCAGAGACAUCUCCUUCAGCUACCCUACUCGGCAAGGCCACCAAGUAUUGAAGAGCUUUGACCUUCAUUUGCCCCCUGGAAAGACCGUGGCCAUAGUGGGACAAUCUGGAGGAGGCAAGUCCACGGUGGCUGCUCUGUUGGAAAGGUUCUAUGACCCCAGCUGUGGAGCCGUUUUGCUGGAUGGAGUGGACAUCAGAACCCUUGAUCCAUCCUGGAUGAGAGGAGAAGUGAUCGGGUUUAUCAACCAG